CACACGCACUCACACAGACAAGGUUGGGGCUGCUGGUAGGCGUGCAUCGCCUCCCGGGACAAAGCAGCACACAGCCGCACUGUGUGUGAAAGUAACUGCAGGCGCGGCCGACAACAAGGAUGCUCUCUGUGCCGGAUCAUAGCGCCUUCUACAACAGGAAUAAAACCAAAUGAUGCGUCGGUUCCUGUGAUUUUAAAAGGAAACGAUCACCCUUCUUUUCGAUUCUGUAUUGCACGCCUUCACCUACAGGCUGCAACCGAUAUAAUCUCUCCUAACGACGCAGACAGACAGACAGACAGACGGGUCAAGACAAAGUCACUUGUGGGGGCUGGCAGAGGGCAACGGCUCCUCUGGGAGGUUUCUCUGGAUAACCUUGUGCUUGAUUAGAAUCUACCGAGCGCAACUAGGAGAUUAUCGCUCCAUCAAAGAUGUUGAAAGAGCUGCGAAUGGCUGAACUCUUCUGCUGGGACAAUGCACUUGCAUAUGCAAGGACCAUCGGGGAAAUCCACUAACAUGCGGCUGCUUGGUUCGUUUUUAUGAAGGAAUCUCCCACCAAACUCUCCCCUACUCACUGAAUUGUCGCUGCUUAGGAAAGUGGUUUCCAGCCAUUUUUGAACUGUUGGAUAUUUGCAGUUAAAUGGCCGAUUAAUAGAGGGAGGGCGCGGGGAGCUCAUGUGGAGACCAAAUGUGCGCGCAACGCGGCAGUGCGCCGGUUUAGCGGCGUUCUCUCUUUUCACAAGCCCUAUCCCAGUGGAUCUUGAGUGGACUGGGGGUUUCUGCGGGUUGCCGCCGGUACCGCACCUCAUUUAUUUGGACUCAAACGGACCUAAAGUGAGCGGGACAAGAUAGAAAAGUGGACAUGCGUUAUACUUGUGUUUUAAUGUUUCUGAAAAGGAGUGGGAUUAUUUCAUGCAUUCAUGGCUGAAAGGAUUUUUGCACUUGCUUGACAAGAGUGGGGAUAACUGGAGAAAAAAAACCUAAGGAGAGGAGGAGAGGGAGACUCACAGGUAUGCAAGGUGUUCAUUUCGACUUUUACCGUCUGGCUGAUUAUUGUGCACUUCCCCACUCCACACCUCACUUGAUCACAUUCUGACUGCUGUAUCUCCCUGCUCAUACAUUUAAAGGAGCAACAGUAAAAAAACAAAAAAAAAAAAAACAUGAGAACAGAACCAGAGAACAAACAAAGAUGAGGCGAUAAUGGCGUUGGUGUUCUCUCCUACACGGUGGAGAUUCGAUGAUACCUAGUUUGCAGACUGGAGGAAAAUGGGAGGGGAGAGUGGCUACAUUGGAAAGGAUGAGGAGGGAUGGGAUGGAAUACACAGAACUGGAAUGGAAAAAUGUACAUUUGUGUUUCUGAGAUUUUAGUAGAGAGAAGCUAAAAUGGAAGCAGGAACAGGAUUAUAAAUGCAUUGAGGUGAGUGGAGCAAUUCAAUAAAUUAGACUAGACUAGACUAGAAGAACAAGUGCAAGGCGGCGCAAAGGACAGAAGAGACCGGGUUGACUUAAAAUGAGAUGUCAGGGAAAGAGGGCAGAUGGAAUACAGAGAAGAGAGAGAAUGUGGUCCAGGUGACAGGAGAGAUGUGCUUGGGGGAGGUGGGGCAUAAGGUAGCAGAGAAGCAGGGCUGCUGGUGAGUGGAGAAGGGAGCGUGGUAGCAGAUAAUCACGGAAUCGAUUGAGGAGGAAGAGAAGCAAUGAUGGAAGUUGCCAAAAAGACACAGGAGAGGACUGGCAGGUGAUACAGCAGGCAUUGGAAUGAUCCUCUGGCAACAGAGUGCAUGCUGUGAGGGCCAACUGAACGGAACAAUGCUGCAGGUUGGGCUCCCUUCCUCCAGGCAGUGCAUCCUAACCUGUCCAUCUGCCAGUCACUGCAGAUGUUCUUCAUGUUGAGCCUAAUUAAAUCACAGCACGCUUGAUAGAGUCGCCUUGUUUCCGGGUGAAUAUCAUGGAACGACUGUGGUUGUCUUUGCUGUUGCUGACAGCAACAUGCAGGGGACAGCCCUGUCCAAAACGCUGUAUGUGCCAGAGCCUUUCGCCAUCGCUCGCUAUUCUCUGCUCUAAGACAGGCUUGCUAUUUGUUCCUGUUGCCAUAGACCGCCGCACCGUGGAGCUUCGGCUUCAAGAGAACUUCAUCACAGCUGUCCGUAGGAAGGAUUUUGCCAACAUGACCAGCCUGUUGCAUCUGACCCUGUCCAGAAACACCAUCAGUCAGAUCCUUCCUUCAGCUUUCAACGACCUGCGGCGACUCAGAGCGCUCCAUUUAGACUCAAAUAGAUUAACUGUUAUAAAGGAUGACCAUUUCAAAGGCCUUACAAACCUCCGCCAUCUAAUUCUGGCCAACAACCAGCUUCACUCCAUAUCUCCCCAUGCUUUUGAUGACUUCCUGUCCACACUAGAGGAUUUGGACCUUAGCUACAAUAAUCUCGCACAAGUUCCUUGGGACACAAUCGGGCGCCUAACAAAUGUCAACACCUUAAACAUGGAUCAUAAUCUCAUAGAAAAUGUUCCCCAAGGAGUAUUCACCAACCUACACAAGCUUGCCAGGCUGGAUAUGACAUCCAACAAACUGAAAAAAAUUCCCCCUGACCCACUUUUUCUGAGAAUACCAGUUUAUGCUAAAUCCAAAGGCAGUCCUCUAUCCUCCCUGGUUUUGAGUUUUGGUGGAAACCCUCUUCACUGUAAUUGUGAACUUCUGUGGUUGCGGAGACUGACGAGAGAGGAUGACUUGGAGACUUGUGCUUCACCCCCAGACCUCAGUGCUAAAUAUUUCUGGACAAUACCUGAAGAGGAAUUUAUUUGUGAUCCACCGGUGUUGACGCGUAAGUCACCUCAGACUGUGGCCAUGGAAGGCCAACCUGCCAGCCUCAAAUGUAAAGCAAAUGGGGAUCCAGAACCAGAAGUGCACUGGAUCAGUCCUGAAGGGCGGCUUAUAUCCAAUGGCACAAGAACUUUGGUUUUCCCAAAUGGAAGCCUUGAAAUCAAUGUCACCUCCCUAAAGGAUGCAGGGAACUUCACCUGCAUUGCUUCUAACGCUGCAGGUGAAUCCACAGGAAGGGUGGAACUGUUUGUUACACCAAUGCCACAUCUGGCAAACAGCACAAGCCGCAGCAGAGACCCAUCAGAGACCAGAGAACCUGCUCCUUCUGACAUCCUAACCUCAUCUAAAGUGUUGAUGCCUAACAAUGAGACAAGAACAGGAGAUCGGCGGGUUUCCUUGGUGGAGCUGACAGGAAACUCUGCCCUCAUUAGAUGGAGCAGUCAGACGCCUGUGUCAGGAGUCAGGAUGUUCCAGGUCCAGUACAACAGCUCAGGGGAUGACACACUAGUGUACAGAAUGAUUCCUUCCAGCACCAAUGACUUCCUAGUUCGGGAUCUCGCCGCCGGGAGAAACUAUGACCUCUGCGUCCUUGCCGUGUUCGACGAUGUUGUCACCUCUCUGACUGCAACUCGUCCUCUGGGUUGCUUGUCAUUCACCACAGACACGGAGUUCACACAGUGUCAGGCAUUACACAGUCACUUCUUGGGCGGAACUAUGAUCAUCAUCAUCGGUGGAAUCAUUGUGGCUUCUGUUCUGGUUUUUAUUAUUAUCCUGAUGAUAAGAUACAAGGUUUACAGUCACCAAGGGACAGUCCACGGAAAAGCUGCCAUUUCUACAACUGUGCCAAGACAGCAGAGCAAUGGACAGGGGGGCGGUGGACAGGCCCAAGUACUGCCUCGCUCUGCUUCAAAAAUGGAUGACGAAGCAGUGGGACCCUCUAGGGCCGUGUCACCUAGCAACACCCUGAGAGACACUGUGGCAUUGGUUGUGGAGGAGGCAAGUGGGCGGAACAUAAUGGCACGGACUGACUCGUCAGCCAAUAAGGAGUUACUCUCACCCACCAAGUCUCACUACAGCUCCAGGGUUGCCAUUGAGAUGAAAAGCAGACCGCCAUCUGUUGCCAAAGAGCCCAUCUCCCCCAAGGAACUGGCAGGUAGUGAACAGACGAGGGGGGUAGAUAGCAGAGGCAAGCAGCUGAGGGCUAAAGAAAGGCAAAAAAAAGCUUGAGAAGAGAUACAAAUAAAUGGGGAGGAGGGGGGGAAAAGUUCUUUCCGAGAGUGUGAAAUCACGAUACAGUAAAAGGGAGGAAAUUGAUGCAGCAGUGUGACUGUGAAAGACAAUGAAUAAGAAGUAUUACAUCGUAGUGCACUGGAACAAUGGUGACGUUUUAAAAAGUCUUCAGGUGGUUUAUACAUGAAUUACUUUGUUUUUCACAGUCUAAAUUUAUUUAGUACAAAUCAUCUCAUAUAGCUUGCCUUAUCAAGUCACGCACAGACAGCAUGUUCAUAUAGUUUAGCCUUUUUAUACCGUUGCACUCCAAAUUUUUCAAAACUCAUUGCAAAUUAUAUUUAUUUUAGGGCUGUCAACUGAUUAACACUUUUAAUCAGAUUGAUCACGGUUUUCAUGAUUAAUCACCAUUUGCAACUAUGUCUGAACUAUGCCCAUUUGUACUGUAUUUUAUUAAAAGAAAGAUAAAUGACAGGACAGGAUUAUAUGUAUUUGUAUGUAUUAACAACACCAAAGUAAAUGAAAUUUUAAAUCAAGCUAAACAAUAGCAAACGUCUGACAAUCUAUUUACCUGACACAAGGUUCUUUAAUAGUAGGAGAACAUUUGAAUCACACUUUAAUCGCGUUAUUGUGAUCAAUGAGGGGUUGCCUUCGAAGACACCACAUCAAUCAAGUGUAAUUCAUAAGUUUUGAGCCUAUUUUAUGGGAUUUCUGAACAUACUUAAAUGCAGCAAAUUGCACUUCCGCAUUCGGAGUAACAAUGUGAGUCAUAAGAAUAUCUACUGAUUGUUUUUUUUUUGUAUAUCUGCUUAUUUAGACCACACAUACACGCAUAAUAAAUACGUUGUUGUGAUGCUCGGAGUGUCCGUGAAUGCAUCUCGCGAUCGUCUAGCGACAACGAGGAAGUGUUGCUCCGAGGCGAGACGUGUUUGUGAGCUGAAGAUGCAUAUAUGGUGUUGGAAUUGCACUGCUGUUGAUGUGUACAGGUCUGAAUAAAGUUAUAAAAGAGCGCUAGACCCUGUGCGACUCUGUGGGGACGCUACACUGUGCCUCCGUCUGUUGUCGUAACAGAGAGGCGUGGCUUGCCAUGAUGCGUAUGCGUUAAUUACGAUAAAAAUGUUUAUGUAAUUAAUGAAAUCAAUUAUAGUUACCAUCGCUAACGCGUUAUUUUUGACAGCCCUAAUUUAUUUGCAAAGUUUACAAACUUGCACUAGUUUGUAUUUUUUUAAAAACGGCCAUUGACUCAAAGUUUGCACAAUUUGACAAUAAAUAGAAUUUACAAUGGGGACUGAAUAAUUCUGAGUGCAACCAUAUAACUUCAUCCUGUCACAGUUUUUGUUCUGAUGAAUGAUUUCUGUCUAGAGCCAGGCUACUACAGUAUAUCGACAAAAGUAUUUGGCCACGUGAUCAAUGCAAGUGAAAUAGAAAGUUAUAGUUCUGGUAAGGCUUUCUACAAGAUUUUGGAGUGCGUCUGAGAGUUAGUGGUAGUAUAUUUUUACCUGAGGUCACUGAGAAGGCCCGCAGGCUCACAAUCUCUGUUGUAGUCAAGGUGUUAAGGUGUUUGAUGGGCAUAAGGUCAGCUUUUUGGGCAAGGGCUUCCACACCACAGUCAUCCAGGCAUGCCUUUAUGGACCUUGCGUCGUGCACAGGGGUGCAGUCAUGUAGGAACCGAAAGGGCCCUCGCCUUAACUGUUCCCAUGAAGAUGGAAGCAGGUGGAAGUUAAAUAAUUCAAAUUCUGGGGUAAACAACGGUGCCUAGUCCAAUUCCUGAUUUAUUGAACUACUUAAUUAGUAAGUGUGUUUGCCUUUGAUUCUGUAGGAGUCAAAUUCAGCCUCUUGUGGGUACCCAGAUUAUGAUACACCACUAAACCACACUGGGAAAUUAAGCAUUUAGAGAAAAUACAAGUUAAAAAGGCUGUGGGACUCUAGAUAACAAGACCGUGUAUUUUACUGUGAAUUCUGCACAGCUAUAAAAUGCAAGAAUCCGAACUAAUGUGUGUGCUGAUGAAAGAGGGGCAGAAAGGGGCAACAUGGUGAUAGAAGGCCACAUUAAAAGGACGUUUGCAGAUUUGUGGUGCAAACAACCCUCACUAACACGAAUCAAAAUCAAAUUAUAUCUUACCACAUAUCAAAAAAGAAAUUCUGAAGAUGUUCCAGGGAGUACAAAUGACUAAAGGCUAAUGUUCAGCAUAGUCAUGAACCAAUUUGCUACGGCGAAAUUGGUUAACAUCCAGCUUCAGAAGUAUCACAUAUUUCAAGCUUGAGGCUUCCAUUCAGUCUUUUUGAACGCUUGUCUCCUCAUAGAUCUCUUAUGUAAGAUUGAAUAAAGUAUAUUCGCCAUUUCAAGAAGUGACUACAAUAGAAGAAGUUGUCUCAUUCUCUGCAAGUUUCACCAGUGAUAUAUUUUCUCUUGUAAAAGUAAGUCAAACAUGUUUUUGUCUAAAUUAAGGUGAUUUUAAUGGUCAUAUAGCCAAUAGCAGGGGUGCAGCCAGGAAUUCUGGGCCCCAUAAUUACCUAUUUUUUGGGCCCCCUGGCAGUCAGGGGAGCUUGGAAUUGUCCCAACUUUUCCCCCUUAAACGGCAGCCCUGGCCAAUAGCACUCAUCAUAAAUAAAUUGAAAAUUACUGAAAAUUUACAGUUAAUUUGUGUGAUCGGUAUCAGCCGAUUUCACUCAUGGAUGAUCAGAAUCGGCAGCAUAAAACUCUGAUCGGAGCAUCCCUCAAAAAAUAUGUCACAACCUCGACUUGAACCUUCACAGACUCCAGACUGGGGUUGGCAAUUUGACCAAAUUCACGUAAAUAUACGUCAUAAUAGUUUUACAUCCCGCCUCUUGCUGUGCUGAGUAUGUAAGCCCCGUGGAUGUACAAGAGGUGAAACUGGGUGAGAUUUUUUUGAAUGAGGGACUGAAUGUGUGGCGGAAAUGUGCAUGUUUUACUGCCGUUUUGACGGCCGGACGUACCGGAUACAGGAAAUGUCACGCCGAGUUUGUGUUGCUGAAAAGUCGGUUGACAGUCAAUUUUAUUUUUUAUUAAUUUAGACAAAAGUAAACAUAUACAACAAACAUGGCGUCAGUUUCAAGUACAUUUUCAGGAUAAAAUACUGCCACAACAGGCUGCUUUAAAACAGAAAGUGAAAGUCAAAUAAAGAAAUUAAAAGUACACCCAAUUAACAAUAUAAAUGGUAAACAUGAAAACAAAUUGAAAAUAAAAUGAUAAACUAGGGGCUACAAGAUUCAGAUGGUUAAUUGUAUGAAACCAUGGCUUAUUUUUGUCUGAGGUAUAGAAUAAAUGACUUUUUUGAAACCACUCAUACAAAAUAUGACAGAAUGAAAGUUCUCAGGGUUUUUUUCUCAGGCGAUACGACAGUGUGCACGUCUGAUGCCGCUCACAGAGGUCGAAGGAAUGCUCAGGUUGUUUUUGUGUAUGCUCAGAUACUUGAAAAAUUAGGGGGAACAUUGGCUAUUUGUGUCGUCAGCUUGUCAAAGUUUAGCUUCAAACAUUAACUAUCAUUGAAAGUAUUGCCGAUCACAAUCACACAAUGGCUUCAAAUUGUCGCUCGGUUCUCAGACUGCUUUCGUGCAUGUGCAUGCGCUACAGAUAUGCGUACAUGAGACAGCAGUGAGUGACAGCCAUGAACGUCAGUAUUUUAUUAGGGCUGAACAAAAAUUCAUGACAAUUUUUCUGCAGUUUAACCUGCAAUUGUGAAAAUUAUAGACAUUUUUCAGUUCUUUUAAACCACUAUUGGUACCAUAUGCUUGUGGUGUUGGAAUUUAAAAAAAUGUAAUUUGGAUCGAGUUGCAUACAGUCCCUUUAAUCGACAAUAAGAAAAAUUGUAGCAUUAUGCAAACUUGAACUAUGUAAAUUAUAUAUCAAUCUUGUAGACUGCAACAUUUGUGAGGUUAUCACUGAAAGUCAAACAUAUUUUGAAAAAAAUGAUCUCUCAGUAUGCAUCUGGUUAAAAUGUUGGUCUGGCUACAGUCCUGUGCAGGACUAAUAAACAUUAUUUUAAGCAACUCAGUCAUUGGAAGCAAAGUCUAUUCUAAAAUUUGUGUUAAGUGCCUCAUGCUCAUGCAUAGAAAGGCAACUUAAAUUGAUAGCAGUGCCAUAAUUAUGGAAAUCCACAAAAGAAGAAGUUUCCCUGAAAACCUUGCUAAACCAACCCCAGUGCGUGCACCCUGUAACUGCAAUCCACUCACAAAAUUACGACUAAAUGACAAACACCAUUUUACAUGGCUGGCUCAAGUAGCUGAAGUUGAAUAACUUUAUAAGUGUCUGGCGUGUCAUCCCAUUGGCCUCUGUGAGAUGGUUGAAAUUACGUGUCAUUGAGCCGCAGGAUGAUAACAACGGAGAAGAGCGACGAUAACGCUGAUGCUUAGUCACCGAGUUCAGGGAAAGUUUUCACCUUCUUGAACCCUGCUGGAUGGAUGUGAAAGUUAUAACAGUUAAUUGACCUAGACCCCCUUACAUCACAAAUCAUAAGAAGAUUUGCAAACACUUUUUGGAGAUGAAUUGGAUGGCUAAUUAAAAGGGGUUGUUAUCCAAUUGUUCUUUUCACCUUUGAGGCCAUAUGCCGGGAUGUCUGCAGAUGUAAUUCAGCAAGUGUUCUGAGACGUUGGCAGGCAAAUUGGCCCUCUAAAGGGGAAAGGCUUUGGGGUGUUCAUUACAAUUACAACAAGCUAGGCUUUCACAGAAAACAUGACAAGGAAUUUGCUAGCAAGCAUUGCGGUGCCGCCAUAUAUGCAUAAAAGCACUAUUUCCCCAACAGUCUUGAUUAAUUACCAUAUCCUGCUUUUUGCACAAACUGAUUGAAGAGUGUCAAGACAAACUAACACCCAAUGUUUGGUCUGCAAAGCUACAGACAAUCACAGCAAUUAUUUUGAUACUUCACCCUGCUCUGCUUUGUUUACGCAUUUACUAGCACUUCUAGGGCUAACCAUUUUGAGGAGUAACGCUCACAUGUGUCUGAAGACAGACAGUUAGGUUUCUGAGGUUGUAAGCUGCGUCUGUGAUACAUUUCACCGGCUGCUGCAUUGCAGAGACAAGAAAUAUUGAUCUGAUCAGGGAGAAAUACUGUGAGUCACAUCAUGUGAUCUUCAGGCGCUUUCUUUGUAUGUCAGCUGAAAGAUACAAAGAGAGACCCCAUUAAAGGCCUUCGCUUGUCAGAAAUGCGACCCAACAUGGGAGAAUGGGCUUAAUGUGCAUAUCUUUUCCUUGUGUUUGUUUUGGUUUUCAUAGAAGGUUUUUGCUCAGCCCCCACCCCAAAAAAGCUGCAUUUGUUUUCAUGAUAAAACAGGUCUUGUGAAACAGAUCUUCAAGGGUUCAAAUGACUUCAAGUAGCACUCAAACUAAUGGUCAUUUGAAAUAAUUAUUUAUUUGUACAUUGCUUUACACACGAUUGGUGAUUUGCUCCAUAAAUUGAACCAUAAGUCUUUAUCAUGGAUAAAUCUACACCUGCGUUGCAAUGAGAAUUGCUAAGGAUGUUAUGACAUGUAUAAUUUUCACUCACAAUGAAAUAAUCAAUAUUUUGGCACAUCAACACCAUAAUCUUCAUGAAGUGUUUAAUGAGAUAAUGCUAUGUUUGUGUCUUUUUUUUUUUUUUUUUAGAAAGAUCCUCAAGAACAAAAAGCAGCUCUUUUGUUGGGGUUUUGCGAUCAUUAACCAGAAGUGUUGUUAACAAUUCCGUCUCCGGAAAGAGACGUUGUGACAAAAGGAUCUUUCACUUUUGAAGGACCACCACCUUUUCUGCCAUCACUGGCUCUGUUUCUUAAUUACUUUUUUCAUAGCAGUUACUUUGACAAAGUAAAACACUUAAUAGUAGGACAGAUACCUUUAGCAAGAUCACACAAAAUAAAAAUAAAGCACAUUUUAAUUAAGCUUUGUAGAGCAAAGGAAGGAAGAGCCCAUUAAAUGAUAGUGAUGAUCUGGACAAAAGGUGUAGAUCUAGGGAUUUAUUUUCAAUAUACAAUUGUCUGAGUCACUAAUGGUAUUAAUGGUACCGCUGUAAAGGCUGUUUCUUCUCUUUAGCUUUUCUUCCCGCUCUUGGGACCGCAUUGCUUUUGGAGAAGUAGUCAAUGAUCACACAAUAUAAAUGGCUUUCAAAUUGUUUUAAAAAAUAUGAGCAAUAUAUUUGGUUACAGUGUUGCAUCAUUAUUGACGAAGAUGUGAUUGUGCUAUGUGAGUGUGUGUGUUUUUCAUGAAGGUUGAGUGUGUAUGUGUCCUGAAGGCCCCUAUGAGAAGUUAUCAAACUGAAAAAGCACUGUGCUAUUAGAUGGUAUAAUAUCCUCAUGGAAGACGUUUGUACAUUAAUAGACACUAUGGCAAUCAGCAUGAAUAGUAUGAUAAUGCGUUGAUCACAGGUAGCAGUAAUUAUAUUAUUAAAACAAACUUAUUAAGUUAUGCUAAUUGUGUUUUACAUUAAAGACCAGCUAACUAAAAAUUCUACUCGGACUACUAGGAAAGCAAUCCUUGCACACAAUUCCCAACUGGGGACAAACAAACAGAUUGCUCUACGGCAAUCCCUUGAGUAAGAGGUUAAACGUUCCCCCUGGGAAGUCAAUGUAAUGUUCUCAUAAGUAGAGUGGAAAUCUGUGUGUGUACAAAAAACUCCAGGUCAGGCACCAAAACCCUGCAGGUCGGUGAAUGCAUUUGAGAGAUGUAAUGCAUAAGGUUUAAGCGCCUUAAGCAAGGGAAACAGUGCUCGCUCCCACAAGGUUAGCCAAGAUAGGAUAAUAGUUCAUUUUAACACAAGGAUGUGUUUGGGUCUAGGUGAAGAGAAAAUGUGUGUUAUUCUCAUGGCCCAUCCAUGACCUUGUUACCCGUGUAUUUCUGUGCAUUCCUUUUUGUGUCAACCCCCAUGCCUGGCGACAUUCUUCACUCCCGUCUGUGUCUCUAAAUGCAUCACCCACUUUGCGCCUCUCCUUGUCUUUUUCACUCUACUGCUGUCGCUUACUGUUGAUUUCCCAUUUCGCCCACUGUCUGGAUUAUUCACUGUUUUCCACUUGUUUGUUGUCUCUGCUGCUGUUUCUAGCUCUGAUUUCUUCUCUCUUUCUCCAUGUCUCCCCGCUGCUUCCACCAACAGAUGAUGGACGCCCUCGUAUUGUCGAGUGGAGAGAUUUUAAGAUCUGACCGUCUUUUGGCCACAAUGAGAUUACACCAAUGAAACCAUGACGCUGCUUGAAAAGGAGAGUGAACAUCAACAGUGCAGGCAUGACGUGAAAACCCACAAGAAGAAGAAGAUGCCUCUCUACUGUUUGUCUUGUUUUCUCUACCCACCACUUUGUUUCCAUCUGGUUUUACGUUGAACUACUUAUCACGGUUCUCAUUUCUGGAUUGGAUUACCGUGUCAGUGCUUGGUGAUGGUGACUGGCCAGUUCCUGCAGGAUCCUGCUGUCAGAUGGAUCAUCUUAAUCACCUAAACUGGAACCCAUCUAACGUUCAUUAAAUGCUGCAUUUUGCUUUUUUAGCAAAUCCAUGCCACCGUCAAAUCUGCAGGCUAUAAUGGAUCAUUUCCAAAACAGUGAAAAGCAUAUUGAUAUGUCUUGACAUAAAAUGGAUACAAUAUAUAAAUGAUCUCAUUGUCAAUUGGAAUAAGGAGGAGAGAAUGGUGACAAAAGACUGGAUGCCUUUAGGAUUGCCCUCAACUUGGAUCUACAAAUGGUCAGCACUUGUGUUUUGGAUGCUGUAUUAACUUUCUAACUGCAACAAAACAUUAGGGCUCUGAUGGGUGCAGUCAUCAUUAUUCUCUAUAUUUAAUCAAUGGUAAAAUGCAACUUUGGCAGAUGAGCUUCUCCCAAAUGGAUUUUAACUUUGACCCGAUCCUCGUAUACAGUGGUUCAUUCUGCACAGUUCAUACCUGACGAGACAUGACUUGAUUCUUGGAGAAAGAGGAGCCUGGACUGAGCGAUGGAGAUGGAUUCAAGAUGUGUUAGUAAUUUCACACAGACACUGGACAACACGUGGCAGGUCUACAUCUUUUGGACCAGUCUGCUGAUUCCGACUGGAUUGGACCAGUGAGGACCUGGCAGACCUCCAUCACCCUCUCACACCUUUCUCUAUCGCCUCUGAACCAGGCGCAGAAAUCAGCCAUGCGUGAUGAAUCAGAUCAGCGAAAAAAAAGAAAAGCGCAGGACAUCAAUUUCUGUUGCACAUUAUCAAUCUUUUUUUUUUAAUCCGUAGCCGCCCAUCAUCAUCAUGACUGCUGUUGUUGAAUAUUCUGAUGUGAUCAACAAAUGCGGUAUAAGGGAACAUGGCCGCACCUCGUUUACAGCAUUGUUUGCAGUGAUCUCGGCUCAAUUUACACCUUAAUCACAUCAUUAUUCUUACGAUGCAUUGGAGUGUGUGCCCAGCAUGAAUUACCUCACAUCUCAGUUUGUGUUUCAGGAGCGUUUCAUUUGAUUUCUCUGUUAGAGAUGUCCAUUUACACAUUUUUGUUUGUUGAAAAGAACAUGCCGCAUGCUCAUUCUGCCAUCUAUUUUAUCAUAGUCAUGUUGUGGUCCAAGUGUCAUGAAGGCGGAAUGUAUAACUAGUAAGUACCAUCUUUGAUAUGUACCACCUAGGACUGAACAAAAAAAUAAGAAAAAUGCGAUCUUGAUUCACACUAACACGCCAUCUAAUUUCUAAAUGACAAUGUUUUUUAUAUUUAUUUUGUUAUUUUAUCAUACAAUAUUUUAUUUUAUUCCCGCUGCAUGACAGCCAGCACUCGCCGCUCACCCUCCAUUCCCCAGCGAGCCUCGCCACCCAGGAUAGCGGCGCCAACUCGCCCUGGCUUGCUAUCAUUUAUCAGCUCACAGGAGGAGCGAUCACAGUAAUUAAUUGACUUUUUAUUUUCACUUGUACUAUCAAGAAAGUCCCCCGUCAACUGUGCUUCCGUCACCGGCCAAAAGAUCAUUGGAAGUUUAUUUAAAGCAGAACAUGACAUUGAGCAGUCUAAUGAUGUUGAUACUUGUGAUUUCUUUAAAAUCCCUGAACGUGGCGUAUGUGUGUGAAACAGAAUCGUGCAGCCCGACGUGUGUUUCCAUUGAUAUCAUAAUCAUUUUAACCAUCACCAUCAUUACAGAUCUCUGCUGACUGUUUUGGAAGAAUAACUAUAAUAUCCUAGAGUUAUACCCUCAAUUGUUUUAACCUCUCAUGAAAGAGAUUCGCCCAAAAAGACCACAUUCUUUAUGACACUUCCCCUCUGUGUUAUCUGCCCCCUUAUCGGUCUUUAUCUUUUGUAUGUGUAUAUAAAACAAUUUAAAAUGGUAUAGUUUUGUACAUGUAAUUUUUAUGGUGUGUGGAUAUUUUUUAAUAAAAAAAAAGAAAAGAUUGUGGACUUUCCAUUGGAGUAGCUGCUUGCCUGUGUGUUUUUUUUAAGUUCUUACUAUUUAUUUAUGAAUUAUAAUUCUAAUUGUGUAUUUAAUGUUUAGGUUUUAUUCAGUCCCAUAUGAAAAGUGUGCAACCUUUUAAAAUGUUUACAAAAAGCAAUGCAUAAAUCAGGUUGAAACAGCAAAUGAUGCCCCAUUAUGGAAAUGUAGUUCAACAACACAAUAUUAUCUCAACACUUUGCAAUAUUUGAGAGUAAGUAUAAUAGUUUGCAAUAUCCUGAAUGGCGGAAUGGGGAAUCCCCACUCAGUGACAGGUUCUCACCUUUGCGGGGAUUGGAACACCAAUAUAAAUGGAAUUCAAGUUAAACACUCUUCAUGCACAAAAUAAUGAUCAAACUUACUUAUUUGUUCAUAUAAUGUGCAAUGAACAACCUUCAUGCUCUAUCUCCUCUCUGUUCCGUUCUCCUUGCGCCAUGAUGCAUUCCGGCGCACUCGUAAAUGAGUGUUAUGCACUAAUUGUUUUUUAUUUUUAUUCGCGUACCACCUAUGACAAUUGCUGUACCCCUGGGGUACGCGUACCCCACUUUGGAAAUGCAGUAUCUACGCAAACCGAGGCAAAGUUAUGUUGUAAAUUUUCAAAGCUAACUAAAAAACAAGCUAAAAAACACACUAAUCAAGGUUUCACUGUACUUCCCCCUUUAUAGAACAUGAUGCUGACAACAUGUAGAGUCAUGUGUGUUCCUCAUUAUCUUCCUCACAGGUGUUAAUGACUACUGUGAACAUAACCUGAAUCUGUCUGCUGGCUCCCUUCCCUCUGCUCCUAUUAUCCUCUCCUCUCACAUUUCCUCCUCUCAUCAAUUCCCCUCAGCCCCUCCUGUGUUUCUUUCUCAUUCUUCCUCCAAUCCACCAACUCCCUCAUCUCUUUCACUCACUCCCAUUUCCUCAAGACUUUAAUACCCAGUCUGUGCUACAGUGCACAACUGCAUUCUGCUCCAUUCCUCAGUUCUGUGCUCCUAAGUUGGUGGUACCGUGCCAACACUAAAUCAGCACUCCUCCUCUUUUGCCUCCUUUAAUUGCCUUUGCGCUCAACUUGAUUUUUCGCCUCUUCUGUUUUUUUUAUACUUAGGAUUUUCUUUUUACUCUUGGCACUGCCCAGAAUCAUUAAGUACAAUUUACUUUUAAACCACAGCUGUGACUACAGCAGUAAAUAUGCAUAUGUUGACAAAGUGAGGUGAAGUCUGUGUUACAUAUUGAAUAUUCAGCAGGAAAAAAAAAGAUAUUGUGUGAUAUAGUUGUUCGAAUUGUUUUGUGGUCUGUGUAAAGACAUCCCCCACAGAGGGCACAACUUGUAUUGCAUAAUGGUUUUUCACUUAAAAUAUUCAUCAUUUUAGUCUCAGCAUUUGCCCUCAUGUUUGUGCUGAAACAGGUAAAAAUGGAGAUCCCAGUGUCAGUCACUCUACUGCAAUUCAGUAAGCCAACUCAAAGAUUUAGAAGUACCGUAAAUUCUGCUGUAUUUUUAAAAAAAAACUUUGAACUCUGGCUUAUACAGCGGUGUGACUAAUUUAUGGCUAAAGUCUAAUCUUGUGACAUCUCUUUGACUUCAGAAGUACAACAAUUUUUGAAAAUACCGUGUUAAAUAGGAAGGAGGGGGAAACGAUAGCUCUUUCUUUGGCUGGAGCCAAUCGCCAGCUCUCAGUGCACUCAUAACGAGCAUGUCUACCCACUGGAGGUCAGCGGAGGUCGGUAUAUAUACACACCAGUAUAACAACAUAGCAGUCUGACUCAUGGUGUCAACUUUCAAAAAAUAAUUUACUAACAGCAUAAAAUUCAUCACCUAGCAACUUAAUACUCAAAAGGUUUAUAUGCAAAUAUGCAAACAUGUCCCAAUAUGAGUUUAAAAUAAAAAAAAAAAAACAUUUUCAAGUUUUCCCAUAAGGCAUUCUGUCUGAGCAACCAUUCAAUUAUGUCAUUAAAAUGUUGGGUUUUUCCAUAUUAAACUUGUAUUGAUACAUGUUUCAAUAUUUCUGAGGUAUAACGUUUGAGUGUUAGUUGUUGUGUGAUGAGUUUAAUGUUGUUUGUAAGAUGAAACCGUGAGUCAGACUGCUAUAUUGAGUAAUGACCUCCUGCAAUUUCCAUUGCGUUGACAAGCUCGGCGUGAGUUCUUUCAAAGCUCAUAAAUGGCUACUGUCAAACAAAGAGCUGACUGGUCGUCACGGACUCGUGCAUGCCACAAAUGCCAUUUUAUGACGUGGGCACGUGCGGCUUAUACACCGGUGCGGCUUAUACAAUACUAAUGUUAGGAAAAGCCACUUGCGUGUUGUGUUUUUUUUGCAUUUUAAAUGACAGCACUGAGUGAGCCAUGUGGGUGCAGGUUGGGGUAGGUAAAUGUUUAAUUCUCAAAAAUAAAAAAAAAAAACAAGGGCAAAGAAACAGUAGCAAAAUAAAAAAAGAGAGAAAGCACAACAUCAACGACAAUGAACCAACAAAACCAACAGAAAAAAGGGAACUAUCUAAAUACAGACCAAUAAGACACAAAGCAGCUGUGAAGAACAAGACAUAAGGAGCUGACUGAUUAACACAUAGCAUGCAUGACAAACAGUACCAGGAGAAACAGAUUAACAAUCAGCACAAUACAUGCGCAAACAAUGAACAAUGCAUGAAUAUAAAUGUAACCUAAGAGAAACUAUGAUAACUAGAAAGGCACGCAGGCGACCUUAGACGUUCCCCAAGGCAGCAAUUGUGUUCUACAUGUUAGUACAAAUGAUUACUGUGUAGCAAAGAGCAAUUGUAUUUGCACAAAUGGGCACAAAUGUAAAAAUAUAUUAUAAGAAAAAUUACCCAUUUGCACAUCUAAACUGCACUCAUCUCCACUUCACAAUGUUUCUGGAAAAUCACAUCAUAAUAUAACAUUGCAUUACUGCAUGUUUAUUUAUAUUGUGUAUGAUGUUAGUUAGCGUUAAUAACUGGUGGAAAGAACAAACCAUUGGACACCUGGGGUUGAAAGUUACAAAUAUCCAAGGGAUUAUCCACAAUCUAAGGGACACAUAUGCCAGAUUAAUAAGGAGUAUGAGAGUUAUACUCUAUAUCAUAUAGUCCUACAAUACAAAAUGUUUCAGUGUAAUUAAACUGGUGGGAAAUCAAACCAAAACAGCCAACAUACUUUUGCAUUGCAUAUACUGUAUCUCUGCUUUUUGGUGAUCAGAUUACUUUUUUAAAAUAGCCCCCAAUGUUUUACUGGUGGGAGUAAAAUAAGCAUCAAUGAAACGACCCGCCCUAUAAAUUGACUACACCUAUGAAAGAAUAACAAUGUUUAUUCCAUCUGGAUAAUGUUGGCUCAUAACACCAGGCACAGUAUGAUUAUCUAAAACCAGAUGAACAAUGGCCACACCUAUCAUUCUGACACGUGGAAUGGGUGAUAGACAGACCUAAUGUGACUGUAAAAAAGACAGACUGUAUAUGAACAUGUGGCCAACAGCCUAAAAUAGAGCUCACCGCAGGAAAUCAAACUUAAACUAAUUUGCAACUCUACUGCCUCACUGGGCCUGUUAUACCGCUGAGAGCUAUCUUUUCUUCUCUACUCAGGAGGACACAGUCCAACUUGAAGUGGACAUUUUGCUUCUUAGAUUUUUAAAGGGCAGCGCAUGUUUUGAAAGUGUGUAAAAGUAUGAUUCCACCAAAAAUAUUUGCCAACCUUGGAAUCAGGCAAGUCUAUUUGUGUGACCUGGUUAUCACUGACAGCUGAUUUCAAGGAAACUCAGAUACUCAAACUCAAAUCAUUCAGCACAGUAAAACAAUAAAUAGUAAUACAGUUAGCAUUAUCGCUCCAAAAAUAAAAAAAUAAACAAUUCCCACAAUGUUUGUAGAGGAAUGGCACAUUGGCCAUGUCAGAAUAUCUGGAUAAAGGGGCUGAUACUGGAAUUUAUUUUCACCAGUUGUCGCAAGAGCAUUAAAAGAACUGUCCACUCUCCACCAUCAUAAUGACAUCAACCAUCUGUUUGCCAUCCUCGAUGAACCAGGAAGUAGUCUGCUAACGAACCCAAAUACAACACUCCACAAGCGUUCACUAACAACUUUGGAGUCUGUUCUAUACUGAGUAACAUUGAACGGUAGUUAUCCCUUGUUACCUUUUGAUGAGGAAAAUAUUCCAUAUGAGCCAUCAUCAAAUGGUGGACCUCGGUCGGACCUUUGAGGACACGUGACCAAUUAAAGUGAAGGGGAAAUUUAAUAUGAUAUUAACGUAUAAUCAUGCUCACUGAGAGAUAGUAGCAGCAGUUUGCGGGUGUAAUUACUUCAGUUAUUCCGGUUACGUGACAGCAAAUGCGGUGACGUCACUCAAAAUGAGCCAAUGAAAUAGUCUGUUUACUCGCUGAGAAGCGAAUGAGAGAACAAUGACUUGCUCAAAAGUAAGAAAAGCUGAUUGAGAAAACCGAACAUUUAAACUGGUAGAUAACAAUACAUAACUCGUAACAGAUAACUUGUAUGUACUUUUAAUUGUUUCUUUUGAACUCUGCUUUUUGGUUUUCACUUUCUACUGUUAUUUUGCUAUUUUGUAUACUUGUAUUUGUUUGCUUUUACCUUGUAAAGCAUCUUUGAGUUUUUGAAAAGCGCUCUAUAAAUACAAUGUAUAAUUAUUCAAAUGUGUAUGAACUGACCAAUAGAUGCACAUUCUUCCAGAAUCCAGUGCCAAACCGCUGUGUUUUAUAUGUUCUAAAACUGUAGCGCUGGUCAAAAACGUAAAUGGGAUGCGACGUUACCUGACAAAACUUGUUUUCAUUUCAUUGUUUGUGCAGUCAAACCUUUUAUUAUUUGUGACAUUUGGUCCCGUGUUCUUUUAAAUGUAAUGUACGUGCCAAGUUAACUGUGUUGUAAUGAAACAAUAGAGAGAUGUGCAGGGUUUCAUUACAUUUCAUUUAAGCUAGUCUGUUUGAUGCGCUUUAAGGCAAAUUGAGGUUCGGACCUUUGUUGUGAAAAAAAUUGCAUAAAAAAGGACCUUACUCAAUUAUACUGCUGCCAUAUGUAAUUGCUGCAACAAUAAAUGUAAAAUUGGCUCUUGUUUUUUACCAGGCGAGAGCAGUGCAUUUAGUACCUGGGCCUUCAGUGGGGACUCAACUGACCACAAUUCUUUCAGCAGACCCUGUGAGUGCAAUUAAACAUAAUAAUAAAAACUGCUUAUGGCAGUGUUUUGAACCAUGGUCACCAAUGUUAAGCACAGAAGAUAUUACUACUGCAUCAUGCUGGUGCAUGGAGACUGGGGAACUGCUACACAAUACGUAAUACAUUACUGCUCGUAACAUUGAGCAUUAGUAACUAAAUUCCACCGGCGAAUGGCUGGCCAAUGCUAAACUUGGCGCUCAGUCAAACGUAACGAGCGUAAAAGGAAUGGCCCUAUGAUUAACGGUUCGGAUAACACCAAACAUCUACGCAUCACCUGGGGCAGUUCACAAUCAAUGUUUAGAUAAACAUUGACAUGACAUGACAAAACUAUAAAGCAUUUGAAAUAAAACAUAUCUACUCACCAGAUGUCAAUUUCUCUUCCUCAGUCAGCCAUUGCGGGCAUAACAGUUUUGAUCAACAAUGCUGAUGUCACUGAGAGGCAAAUCUGAAAUCUGACUGAAGACGAAAGAAUAAUAAAGGAAUACAAUUUCAUGGAAUAAAUACAAUGGUACCUCAGUUAACACCCGUCCUGGUUAGAGUGUUUUUCGGUUAACAUCCAAAAUGUCUGCAAAAAUUUAGUCUUGGUUUGCUUUCAUCCGCCGGGUUAGCAUGCAAUAUGACAAACCGUUGUAUUUGUGCUUAAUUUGUUUACGAAGCCAUCUUGGAUCACGCAGCAACAUUCCAAAGAGGGUGAA